UCCUGCCUCUCCACCUUUCUAUCCCUCUUCUCUUUGCCACUCACACACACAAGCAGGGCUCCCGCUGCCAAACCUCACUACAAAUACACACACAGCCCAGCCUCUGUGCAGUCUAGUCCACAUUGGUUCUUUUGGUGCUUUGACAUUUUGCAUUCAUGGAGGACUACCACAAACCCGACCAGCAGACAGUGCAGGCGCUCAGGAACAUCGCCAACCGCCUCCGAAUCAACUGCAUCAAGGCUACCACCGCAACGGGCAGCGGACACCCUACAUCAUGCUGCAGCGUGGCAGAAAUCAUGUCUGUCCUGUUCUUCAACACAAUGAAGUACCGCACAGAGGACCCCAAGAACAUCAACAAUGACCGCUUCAUCCUCUCUAAGGGUCAUGCCGCCCCAGCCCUGUACUCCAUGUGGACAGAGACUGGCUUCCUGAAGGAGAGUGAGCUGCUCUCUCUGUGCCAGGUGGAGUCCAACCUGGAGGGACACCCCAUACCUGCGUUGGAGUUUCAGAAGCAGCAGUUUGUGGAUGUGGCUACUGGCUCUCUGGGCCAGGGCCUGGGUGUGGCCUGUGGGAUGGCCUACACCGGGAAGUACUUCGACAAGUCCAGCUAUCGUGUGUUCUGUCUGAUGGGGGAUGGGGAGCUGUCUGAGGGGGCAGUGUGGGAGGCCAUGUCCUUCGCCUCCUACUACCAGCUGGACAACCUGGUGGCCAUCUUGGAUAUCAACCGUCUGGGCCAGACCGACCCAGCGCCCCUGCAGCACCACGUGGAGAAGUACCAGAAACGCUGUGAGGCCUUCGGUUGGCAUGCCAUCAUUGUGGAUGGGCACAGUGUGGAGGAGCUGUGUAAGGCUCUGAGCCAGGCUCGCCACCAGCCCACUGCCAUCAUCGCCAAGACCACCAAGGGCAAGGGCAUCCCAGCUGUGGAGGAUAAGAUGGGCUGGCAUGCCAAGCCCCUGCCCAAAGACAUGGCUGAGGGAGUCGUGAAGGAUCUGCAGGCGCGCAUCAUGAACAGCAGCAAGCGCCUGUACCCUGCCACGCCCAUGGAGGACGCCCCGCCAGUCAGCCUGUGCAACAUCCGCAUGCCCAGCGCACCCGCCUACAAGCAGGGAGAGAAGGUUUCCACCAGGAAAGCCUAUGGCAUGGCCCUGGCAAAACUGGGUCGUUACAACGAGCGCGUGGUGGUCCUGGACGGAGACACCAACAACAUCACCUACUCAGAGAUCUUCAAGAACGAACAUCCCAACCGCUUUGUGGAGUGUUACAUCGCUCAACAGAACAUGGUGAGUGUUGCCACUGGUUGCGCUGCCCGUGAGAGGAACGUUGUGUACGCCAGCACCCUGGCCUCCUUCUUCACCCGCGCCUACGACCAGCUCCGCAUGGCUGCCAUCUCAGAGAGCAACAUCAAUCUGUGUGGCUCCCACUGCGGCCUGUCCAUUGGAGAGGACGGGCCUUCUCAGAUGGGCCUAGAAGACAUAGCCAUGUUUAGGGCCAUCCCCACAGCAACCAUCUUCUACCCCAGCGAUGGCGUUUCUAUUGAAAAGGCAGUGGAGCUUGCCGCCAGCACAAAGGGUGUUUGCUACAUAAGAACCAGCCGCCCCGAGAAUCCCAUCAUCUACAGCAGCAAUGAGGACUUCCAUGUUGGACAGGCUAAGGUGGUGUACCAGAGUACGGAGGACAAGGUGACCGUGAUCGGAGCUGGGAUUACUCUGCAUGAGGCCGUGGCUGCAGCUGAGAUGCUCAAGAAAGAAAGGAUCUUCAUCAGGGUGAUUGACCCGUUCACCAUCAAACCCCUAGACUCCAAGACCAUCAUUGAGCAUGCUCGCCAGACCAGGGGGCGUAUCCUCACUGUAGAGGAUCACUACUACGAAGGUGGUCUGGGGGAGGCAGUGUGCUCAGCGGUGGUGAACGAGCAGGGCUUCACCCUACAGCGGCUGGCCGUGGCCCACGUUCCCCGCAGCGGCAAGUCCAACGAGCUGCUCAAGAUUUACGGCAUCGACCGCGAAGCCAUUUGCCAGGCCAUCAGGAAGAUGCUCAGCGGCUCUGCCAACGCCAAGUAGCUCCACCCCUUCCUGCCUAAGCCCCACCCGACCCAAUUCUACCACCCCUCAGAUAAACGUUUCAUGUCACAUGACACCACCCCACCCGGUAACCUCGCCCCCUCACCGUGAAAGUCCACCCCUGUGUUUACUGAAGUAACGUGAGUUUGUGCUGAAUGUACAUUUUGACGUAACCGUCACACAUUUAACUUUUUUCCCUCACACACACACACACACACGUACACACACACACACACACACACACACACACACACACACACACACACACACACACACACACACACACACACACACACACACACGCACGCACGCACG